GAAUAUGAUGCAAUUAAAGCGAAGGAAGAAGCGGAAUUACGGAAGAAGCAAUACGAAGAAAACGUUCGUUUGGGUUUGGUGAAGAAGAAGGGUCGGAAGAGUAAGGCGCAAUUGGAGAAGGAGAAAAAAGCCGAGAGGAAGCGGUUACGACGUGAGAAGAAGGAGCAGAGGAGACGCGAGAAACGUGAACGACGUGAACGUGAAGGUGCUGGUGGUGGUGAUAGUGUUAGUGAGUUGAAGGAGAAGAAGUCAAGGAAAGAGAAACGUGAGAAGAAACGUGAAAAGAAGGAACGAAAGGAGAGAGAACGCAAGGAACGUGAAAAAUUAUUGAAUGAAAAGAAGGAAACGGCCAAUGGUAAUGAGAAAAAGGAACGUAAACCAAGGAAAGCACGCGAUCCGAAUGCACCAAAAAAACCACGACAACCGCUCUUAUAUUCCUAUCCGUUUCCAGGCAAAUGA